UAACGAUGAUUGAGUCCAUUAAGCACCGAUUUGGGCGGAUUUAUUCCGGGUCAAUUUUUGGCAGAUUCCAAAGGGGUACCAUCACAGAUUUAGGGCGAUUUAUCCAAAAUGUCAUUUUCUUUCGAUUCUGGAGGCUACAGAUCACGGAAUCAGGCCGAGGCUAUUCUCCACCGAUAAUGAAGUCUAUUGAUCUUAUUCUCCACGGAUGAUAAGUCCGUUAAGCAUCGAUAUAGGCCAAAUUAUUUUUGGAUGGCAUUUUCUUAAUUUCUUGGGCGACGAAGGGCCAUUUUCUUUGGAUAUUGAAGGCUACAGAUCACGGAUUCGACCUGAGGCUAUUCUCCAACGAUGAUUGAGUCCAUUAAGCACCGAUUUGGGCGGAUUUAUUCCGGGUCAAUUUUUGGCAGAUUCCAAAGGGGUACCAUCACAGAUUUAGGGCGAUUUAUCCGAAAUGCCAUUUUCUUUCGAUUCUGGAGGCUACAGAUCACUGAAUAAAGACGAGGCUAUUCUCCACCGAUAAUGAAGUCUAUUGAUCCUAUUCUCCAUGGAUGAUAAGUCCGUUAAGCAUCGAUUUCGGCCAAUUUAUUUUCGGAUGACAUUUUUUUAAUUUCUUGGGUGACGAAAGGCCAUUUUCUUUGGAUAUUGAAGGCUACCGAUCAAGAAUUCGGCCUGAGGCUAUUCUCCAACGAUGAUUGAGUCCAUUAAGCACCGAUUUGGGCGGAUUUAUUCCGGGUCAAUUUUUGGCAGAUUCCAAAGGGGUACCAUCACAUAUUUAGGGCGAUUUAUCCGAAAUGCCAUUUUCUUUCGAUUCUGGAGGCUACAGAUCACGGAAUCAGGCCGAGGCUAUUCUCCACCGAUAAUGAAGUCUAUUGAUCCUAUUCUCCACGGAUGAUAAGUCCGUUAAGCAUCGAUUUGAGCCAAUUUAUUUUCGGAUGGCAUUUUCGUAAUUUCUUGGGCGACGAAAGGCCAUUUUCUUUGGAUAAUGAAGGUUACAGAUCACGGAUUCGGCCUGAGGCUAUUCCCCAACGAUGAUUGAUUCCAUUUAAGCACCGAUUUGGGCGGAUUUAUUCGGGGUCAAUUUUUAGCAGAUUCCAUAGGGGUACCAUCACAGAUUUCGGGCGAUUUAUCUUAAAUGCCAUUUUCUUUCGAUUCUGGAGGCUACAUAUCACGGAAUCAGGCCGAGGCUAAUCUUCGCCGAUAAUGAGGUCUAUUGAUCCUAUUCUCCACGGAUGAUAAGUCCAUUAAUCAUCGAUUUGGGCCAAUUUAUUUUUGGAUGGCAUUUUCGUAAUUUCUUGCGCGCUGAAAGGCCAUUUUCAUUGGAUAAUGAAGGUUACAGAUCACGGAUUCGGCCUAAGGCUAUUCUCUAAUGAUAAUUGAGUCCAUUAAGCACCGAUUUGGGCGGAUUUAUUCGGGGUCAAUUUUUGGCAGAUUCAAAAGGGGUACCAUCACAGAUUUCGGGCGAUUUAUCCGAAAUGCCAUUUUCUUUCGAUUCUGGAGGCUACAUAUCACGGAAUCAGGCCGAGGCUAAUCUACGCCGAUAAUGAGGUCUAUUGAUACUUUUCUCCACGGAUGAUAAGUCCAUUAAUCAUCGAUUUGGGCCAAUUUAUUUUUGGAUGGCAUUUUCGUAAUUUCUUUAUCGACAAAAGGCCAUUUUCAUUGGAUAUUGAAGGCUACAGAUCACGGAUUCGGCCUGAGGCUAUUCUCCAACGAUGAUUGAGUCCAUUAAGCACCGAUUAGGCCGGAUUUAUUCCCGGUCAAUUUUUGGCAGAUUCCAAAGGGGUACCAUCACAGAUUUCGGGCGAUGUAUCCGAAAUGGCAUUUUCUUUCGAUUCUGGAGACUACAGAUCACGGAAUCAGGCCGAGGCUAUUCUCCACCGAUAAUGAAGUCUAUUGUUCCUAUUCUCCACGGAUGAUAAGUCCGUUAAGCAUCGAUUUGGGCCAAUUUAUUUUCGGAUGGCAUUUUCGUAAUUUCUUGGGCUACGAAAGGCCAUUUUCAUUGGAUAUUGAAGGCUACAGAUCACGGAUUCGGCCUGAGACUAUUCUCCAACGAUGAUUGAAUCCAUUAAGCACCGAUUUGGGCGGAUUUAUUCUCGAUCAAUUUUUGACAGAUUCCAAAGGGGUACCAUCACAGAUUUCGGGCGAUUUAUCCGAAAUGCCAUUUUCUUUCGAUUCUGGAGACUACAGAUCACGGAAUCAGGCCGAGGCUAUUCUCCAUCGAUAAAGAAGUCUAUUGAUCCUAUUCUCCACGGAUGAUAAGUCCGUUAAGCAUCGAUUUGGGCCAAUUUAUUUUCGGAUGGCAUUUUCGUAAUUUCUUGGGCUACGAAAGGCCAUUUUCAUUGGAUAUUGAAGGCUACAGAUCACGGAUUCGGCCUGAGGCUAUUCUCCAACGAUUAUUGAAUCCAUUAAGCACCGAUUUGGGCGGAUUUAUUCUCGAUCAAUUUUUGACAGAUUCCAAAGGGGUACCAUCACAGAUUUCGGGCGAUUUAUCCGAAAUGCCAUUUUCUUUCGAUUCUGGAGCCUAUAGAUCACGGAAUAAGUCCGAGCCUAUUCUCUACCGAUAAUGAAGUCUAUUGAUCCUAUUAUCCACGGAUGAUAAGUCCGUUAAGCAUCGAUUUGGGCCAAUUUAUUUUCGGAUGGCAUUUUCGUAAUUUCUUGGGCGACGAAAGGCCAUUUUCAUUGGAUAUUGAAUUCUACAGAUCACGGAUUCGGCCUGAGGCUAUUCUCCAACGAUGAUUGAGUCCAUUAUGCACCGAUUAGGCCGAAUUUAUUCCGGGUCAAUUUUUGGCAGAUUCCAAAGGGGUACCAUCACAGAUUUCGGGCGAUUUAUCCGAAAUGCCAAUUUCUUUAGAUUCUGAAGGCUAUAGAUCACGGAAUCAGGACGAGGCUAUUCUCCACCGAUAAUGAAGUCUAUUGAUCCUAUUCUCCACGGAUGAUAAGUUCGUUAAGCAUCGAUUUGGGCCAAUUUAUUUUCGGAUGCCAUUUUCGUAAUUUCUUGGGCGAGAAAGGCCAUUUUCAUUGGAUUUUGAUGGCUAAAGAUCACGGAUUCGACCUGAGGCUAUUCUCCUACGAUGAUUGAGUUCAUUAAGCACCGAUUUGGGAGGAUUUAUUCCGGGUCAAUUUUUGGCAGAUUCCAAAGGGGUACCAUCACAAAUUUCGGGCGAUUUAUCCGAAAUGCCAUUUUCUUUCGAUUCUUGAGGCUACAGAUCACGGAAUCAGGCCGAGGCUAUUCUCCACCGAUAAUGAAGUCUAUUGAUCCUAUUCUCCAUGGAUGAUAAGUCCGUUAAAGCAUCGAUUUGGGCCAAUUUAUUUUCGGAUGGCAUUUUCGUAAUUUCUUGGGCGACGAAAGGCCAUUUUCUUUGGAUAUUGAAGGCUACAGAUCACGGAUUCGGCCUGAGGCUAUUCUCCAACGAUGAUUGAGUCCAUAAAACACCCAUUUGGGCGGAUUUAUUCUGGGUCAAUUUUGACAGAUUCCAAAGGGGUACCAUCACAGAUUUCGGGCGAUUUAUCCGAAAUGCCAAUUUCUUUAGAUUCUGAAGGCUAUAGAUCACGGAAUCAGGACGAGGCUAUUCUCCACCGAUAAUGAAGUCUAUUGAUCCUAUUCUCCACGGAUGAUAAGUUCAUUAAGCAUCGAUUUGGGCCAAUUUAUUUUCGGAUGCCAUUUUCGUAAUUUCUUGGGCGAGAAAGGCCAUUUUCAUUGGAUAUUGAUGGCUAAAGAUCACGGAUUCGACCUGAGGCUAUUCUCCUACGAUGAUUGAGUUCAUUAAGCACCGAUUUGGGUGGAUUUAUUCCGGGUCAAUUUUUGGCAGAUUCCAAAGGGGUACCAUCACAAAUUUCGGGCGAUUUAUCCGAAAUGCCAUUUUCUUUCGAUUCUGGAGACUACAGAUCACGGAAUCAGGCCGAGGCUAUUCUCCACCAAUAAUGAAGUCUAUUGUUCCUA